AUGACAGGCUUGGGGGCUGCCUAUGCGCAGAAUCAGAGCGGGCGGCGGCGGGGCUGGCGUAACCGGCAGCGGCGGCGGCGGCGGCGGCGGCGGCGGCACGAGCGCGGGCAGCAGCGACGGCCGCGCAGCGCGCCCGGGAGGCACCGACGCGGCCCGAGCGCCGCGGCCCCCGCGACCCGGCGACCCGGCGGCGGUGGCUGCAGCGGGCAACGGCUCGCCCCGGCGCCGCCUGCAGGAAGCCGCCCCGCGCCCGCCGCCGGCCCGGACGCUGCUGCCACUGGGCGAGUCCCCGCCCCCCGGGAGCCCGGCCCGGCCCCCGGGGAGGGGGGGGGCGGGGGCGGCUGCCCGGCCGCGCCCCGGGGGACCGGUCCCGGAGUCCGGGAGCGCCAGGGCCCGCCCCGCCGCCCCGGGCCGGCUCCGGAGGCGGCGGCGGGGCUCCCCCCGGGGGUGACCGGCCAGGUGCCCGCCGGGCGCACCCGGCCCCGGGGCCGCGAAGGGGCGGCCGGGGAGGCAGGUAGAGAGCAGCGGUGGCCGGUCGCAGGGAAGGGGCCCCAGCUGGGCUCAGCCGACCGGGGGCCUCACCUCUUACCCCACCCCACCCCACCCCCCACCUACCACCCCCCAACCCAGGGAGGGAGUGGGCGCCACCCCGGGAGACCUGGCCCCUCUGGGGCUCUGCAGCCCCUCCCCGGCUACAUAGCCCCUCCCUCCAGUCUGGUUUGUAAGACGUGGAGGCCCCAGGGAGGAGGGACGACAUGGCCCAUGCAGAGGCGCCAAGACAGCACCCCAUAA